AUGCCACGCAAGAUAGAAGGCCUCCUGGUUUUACUUCUCUUCGGCUAUGAAGCCACACUGGGAUUAUCGUCCACUGAGGAUGAGGCCGAGGAUCCCUGGUACCACAAAGUGUGCAAGUGUGACUGUCACGGAGGGGCCAACACCUUGUGGUCGGCAGGUGCCACCUUAGACUGCAUACCAGAAUGUCCCUAUCACACACCACUGGGUUUUGAGUCAGGAGAAGUGACAUCGGACCAGAUCACCUGCUCCAACCUGGGGCAGUAUGUGGGCUGGUAUUCCUCCUGGACCGCUAAUAAGGCACGACUCAACAGUCAGGGGUUUGGGUGUGCGUGGCUCUCCAAAUUCCAGGACAGCAACCAGUGGCUGCAGAUCGACCUGAAGGAGAUCAAGGUCAUCUCGGGGAUCCUUACCCAGGGGCGCUGUGACACCGAUGAGUGGAUGACCAAGUACAGUGUUCAGUACAGGAGUGAUGAGAGCCUGAACUGGGUAUUUUACAAGGACCAGACUGGAAACAACCGGGUCUUCUACGGAAACUCAGACCGAACGUCUACAGUCCAGAACCUGCUCCGGCCGCCCAUCAUCGCCCGCUUCAUCAGGCUCAUCCCGCUGGGCUGGCACGUCCGCAUUGCAAUCCGGAUGGAGCUGCUGCAGUGUGCCAGCAAGUGUGCCUGA